CGCGGGUGCUGUUGUAAUUUCACGUCACAUCAAGUUUGAUCAACGGUGUCCUCGAGUCCAGUUGUGUGAUCCGCACUCCACAGAGCGUGCCGCUGCCGCACCGUCCGGGGAUAGGAAGGCUCUCGCGCUCCCGUUUUCACUCACCCACCGGAGCCGAGCAUAGCCUCGCGCUCAGCGCUAAAGCCCCGAUGCGUCUGCCCCACAGCGCGUGAGUGAGCGUGUGCACAUCUGGCCGAAUUGUGAUUGUCCUCGCGCCGGUCUCCAUGUAGCGCCUGUUUCUCCACCGCGCGAGGCGAAGAAUUUCGAGGUCGAAGAAAAUGGGGCACCGGUUUCUCGUGCCCCUCGUGCUGUUACCGUGGCUUGCCACCGACUCACACGGGGGAUUUCCAAACCAGAUAAAUAUAGGCGGUCUGUUCAUGCGCUCGGCGGUGCAGGAGCACAGUGCGUUCCGCUUCGCCGUUCAGCUGUACAACACUAAUCAGAACAUAACGGAGAAACCCUUCCACCUCAACUACAACGUGGACAACCUCGAGUCAUCCAACAGCUUUUCCGUCACACAUGCAUUCUGUUCUCAGUUUUCUCGGGGUGUGUAUGCGAUUUUUGGCUUCUAUGACCAGCGCUCCAUGAACACACUCACAUCGUUCUGCGGUGCUCUCCACACCUCCUUCAUCACGCCCUCCCACCCCAUCGAUGCUGAUGUCCAAUUCGUCCUGCAGCUGAGACCGCCUCUCAAGGGGGUGGUGCUUAGCAUGCUAAUCCAUUACAAGUGGGAGAAAUUCGUCUAUCUGUACGACACUGACCGAGGCUUCUCCAUCCUGCAGGCGAUUAUGGAGGCUGCUGUAGUGAAUUCCUGGCAUGUGACAGCACGCUCCGUCGGGAACAUCGCUGAUUCGCUGGAAUUCCGCCGUAUCAUUGAGGAAAUGGACCGCCGACAGGAGAAACGCUUCCUAAUUGACUGUGAGGUGGAACGCACUAAUGCUAUACUGGAACAGGUUGUGACCUCAGGGAAGAACAGUCGUGGGUAUCACUAUAUGCUGGCUAAUCUGGGAUUCUCUAAUAUAAGUGUGGAUAAGGUCUUCUUGGGUGGAGCCAACGUAACAGGCUUUCACAUCAUCAGCCCAGACAACCCUGUCGUCCAGAACUUUCUCCAGCGCUGGGAGCGUCUGGACGAGAGAGAGUUCCCAGAGGCCAAGAGCAUCCCCCUGAAGUACACCUCGGCUCUGACCUACGACGGCAUCCUGGUGAUGGCGGAGGCGUUCCGUUACCUCCGGCGCCACCGGGUGGACAUUUCGCGGCGCGGUAGUGCAGGCGACUGCCUGGCGAACCCAGCCGUGCCCUGGAGUCAGGGCCUCGACAUCGAGAGGGCUCUCAAAAUGGUGCAGGUGCAGGGCAUGACUGGAAAUAUCCAGUUUGACUCGUAUGGGCGGCGUUCCAACUACACCGUCGACAUUUACGAGAUGAGAUCUGCAGGUGCAAGAAAGAUUGGAUACUGGAAUGAAUUUGAGAAAUUUGUUUAUGUACUGGACCUUCAGGUUUCCAACAAAUCAUCUUCAGCGGAGAACCAAACAAUUGUGGUCACCACUAUCAUGGAAGCUCCGUAUGUGAUGUAUAAGAGGAAUUACCUGCAGUUGGAAGGAAACGAUCGCUAUGAGGGAUACUGUGUGGAUCUGGCCUCCGAGAUUGCCAAGCACGUGGGCAUCAAAUACAGGCUCUCCGUCGUAGGCGAUGGAAAAUACGGGGCACGCGACGUCGAAACCAAGACCUGGAACGGCAUGGUGGGCGAGCUCGUGUACGGGAGGGCGGACAUAGCGGUGGCGCCGCUGACCAUCACGCUGGUGCGGGAGGAGGUGAUCGACUUCUCCAAGCCCUUCAUGAGCCUGGGCAUCUCUAUUAUGAUCAAGAAGCCCCAGAAGGCCAAGGCGGGCGUGUUCUCCUUCCUGGACCCGCUGGCCUACGAGAUCUGGAUGUGCAUCGUGUUCGCCUACAUCGGUGUGAGCGUCGUACUUUUCCUGGUCAGCCGCUUCAGCCCCUACGAGUGGCACCUGGACGAGGGUGAGGAGGGGAAGGAUCCCGGGGCCCCGCCCACCCCGCCGGCCCCGCCCGCCACGCCGGCCCCGCCCAACGACUUUGGCAUCUUCAACAGCCUUUGGUUCUCUCUGGGCGCCUUCAUGCAGCAAGGGUGUGAUAUCUCACCAAGGUCACUAUCGGGCCGUAUCGUAGGGGGCGUGUGGUGGUUCUUCACCCUCAUCAUCAUCUCAUCCUACACGGCCAACCUGGCGGCCUUCCUCACCGUGGAGCGCAUGGUGUCGCCCAUCGAGAGCGCGGAGGACCUGGCCAAGCAGACGGAGAUCGCCUACGGCACGCUGGACUCCGGCUCCACUAAGGAGUUCUUCAGGCGCUCGAAGAUCGCCGUGUACGAGAAGAUGUGGUCAUACAUGAAGUCGGCAGAGCCGUCGGUGUUUGUGAAGACGACGCCGGACGGCGUGGCGCGAGUGCGCAAGUCGAAGGGCAAGUUCGCCUUCCUGCUGGAGUCCACCAUGAACGAGUACAUCGAGCAGCGCAAGCCCUGCGACACCAUGAAGGUUGGCGGUAACCUGGACUCCAAGGGCUACGGCAUCGCCACACCCAAGGGCUCCGCAUUAAGAACUCCUGUAAACCUUGCAGUAUUGAAACUCAGUGAGCAAGGCAUCUUAGACAAGCUGAAAAACAAGUGGUGGUACGAUAAAGGGGAGUGUGGGACCAAGGACUCGGCGAGCAAGGAUAAGACCAGUGCUCUGAGCCUCAGUAACGUGGCAGGCGUUUUCUACAUCCUGGUGGGCGGUCUCGGUUUGGCCAUGACGGUGGCACUGGUCGAGUUCUGCUACAAGUCCCACCAGGAGACCAAGCUGCUCAGACUAGCCAAGAGCGCUCACAACUACCAGCCUGCCCCUGCCAACGCCACCUACCGCCAGGGCUACAAUGUCUACGGCACAGAGAGCGUCAAAAUCUAGCCCAGCAAUGCAAGCCUGUCUGAUGACAUCACUGAAGGCAGUGAUGUCACUGGUGCAUGCAUGGGGGACCAGAUUCUCAGUGACUCUGAAUUUAAUGGGACACACCCAAGUGGCAUCCCUCACCAAUCCACCCAACAGACUCCAGUCCCAACCCCUUCCCUUGGUUUCAUUGUAACCAUGGCGACUGCAGUCUUAGAAUCCACAACCCACCGUCUCGCAGUGCCUUACACAUGUCUGCACCUUUCCAGAACUUGUCAACAAUGAGAUAAACAAACAGCCUGUAAACAAGAAAUCGGUCCAAAGAGCUAACGAGCAUCCGGACAGUUAUUAGCCGCGACGCUCACAGAAUCAGCCCUGAACUGUCAUAUCUCACACCGCUUGCAGGUCGUAACGGCCUGGUCUGAGCUUGCUCAGAUGUCAGGUUUCUGUGCGCAUGCUCAUUUCAGUAGGUGUGGUGAGCAUUACACUGGCCUCCACAGCUUAGGCUCAGUCAAUUGCUCUGCAGGUCACCAUGGCGAUAUGCCUGACCACUUACCGUACAUACACAGCAGGAGGGACUCUGCGUUCAGACCACCACGGUCGUGGCUGCUAGGAUACGGAGCAGACCAGCUCUUCUCUUCCCACAUACUCCCUUGUUCCAUCACUCUCUCGCUCCAAACACACAUUUGCGUUAAAACCCUCUCUCUCUCGCUCUCUCUCCAGAGAGACAGGCAGUUAGUUCGUCUGUCCAGUGCUUCAGCAGUGUACGGUGGCCAUAUAGAGUCAUUAAAGCUGCCUUUCAUAGCAGAAGGUGAGGGCUGUGUGUGUGAAUGAGGCUGGUGAGAGACUAACACCUGUGUUUAGCCCUCUGCAGAGCAACACACACACACUGCUUCUCGCACUCACGCUCUGAUUUUGCCAAUAAGAUAAAACAUGCAGUAAAACUUACAGACUUAGAGUUACACAUUUUAUAGUUUAUUAUUAUUAUUAUUAUUAUUAUUAAAGUUGAAUGACUUAAAAAAGACACUGUCAUCAGUUAACAAAGGUUAAAUAUUGUAAACGUGAAAAAACAGCUAAAGUGGAUAUUUAGUUUUAUAAACCUUAAGGAGAUAGAUUUAACAGAUUCAUUUGUUGAUGUCAUUUUCUAAAGACUCCUGACUGCAGAUUCUGUUUAACGCUGCAUGUAAGUAGAGACCUGCAAGCUUUGUCCUUCACCUGAAUCUCUCAUCCUCGCUUCUCUCCUCUACCUUUCCCUCUCUCCUCUCCUCUCCUCUGUCUCUCCUCUCCUCUUCUCUCC